UAGAAACUGCAGACUUCUCCAAAAGCCUCCUGGGAAAUUGCGUAGUCCUUGGCCAGACUGCCCUGCCCUGCCCCCAACCAAUACGAAAAAGCUUUGCUCUCCACUUUCUCCUCAAACAGCCAAUCACACACAGCUCUCCUGAAUGGGCCGUCUCGCCAACAUGAACCGCCCCGCAGCAGUUGAGAUUGCCUAUGAGUGCAUGAGGUUCCUCAUCACCCACAAUCCUACCAAUGCCACACUCAACAAGUUCACCGAGGAGCUGAAAAAGUUUGAGGUGAACACAUUGGUGAGAGUAUGUGAUGCCACCUACGAUAAGGCUCCAGUCGAAAAAGAGGGGAUCCAAGUCCUGGACUGGCCUUUCGAUGAUGGUGCACCUCCUCCUACCCAGAUUGUGGACGACUGGCUAAAGCUGCUGAACACCAAGUUUCGAGAUGAGCCUGGCUGCUGCAUCGCUGUGCAUUGUGUGGCAGGGCUUGGCCGAGCUCCAGUCUUGGUGGCUUUAGCCCUCAUUGAGUGUGGAAUGAAGUAUGAAGAUGCUGUGCAGUUCAUAAGGCAGAAGAGACGUGGAGCCUUCAACUCCAAACAGCUUCUUUACCUCGAGAAAUACAGACCCAAAAUGCGUCUGCGGUUCAAGGAUACCAACGGCCACAACUGCUGUGUGCAGUAGGCUGCCCGUCUGUGCAUCAGUCUUAUGUGCAUCAAGUGUGGGAAUCUUCCGAUGAGGAGAGAUGCAUUAAAAAAAAAAUGAAGAGAGUGCUAUUAGUAAUUAUUGUGAUGAUUUGUAAACACUGAGUCAUGGUUAAUUGAUCAGAGAAGAAGCGAGUCAUGUAAUGAUUGAAUCCAGAUCUGGGCAUCCACCAGCUGAACCAAUGAAUGGAAGGUCAAAGCACACAGAUAGGCCCGCAGAUAGGUCCGGGUACACUGUACAACCACGGGCCAGAUUAGUUUUUUUUUUAACUUGAGUCCAUCCUGUUUUUUUUUCAAUUGUAAUCAUGGGAUAUCAUCAUUGUGAAUUUUUGUGUUUACACAAACAGUGGUGAUAAAUGAUGUUCUCAUAUAUAUUUCCAUUGAAUAAUGAUAAUAUGAUUAGGCCAGAAUAUUGUAACUUUCUAAAAGCAUUUUUCAACUCAUCUAAACACAUUGUGAUUGUCCAUAUUGGUAUUGGGUUUUUUUAUAAUUUGUUUUUAUUAUUUCUUUUGCACAGAAAAGUCAAAGGUUCACCUGAUAAAUGCAGUAAUGUCUCCUUUUACCCUUCACUUUGUAAGUCACUUUGAGUUUAGGGGGUUCACUAAGUUUGUCUGCAAUAUUUAUUCACAAGGUAUGGUAUGUGUGAGAGUUUGGCAGGGGCAAGGACACUUUGUCAUCCGAUAGUUUAUUUUAUUAUUAUUUUUAUCCUUAAGAGCCAUUUUUUUCUUUAAUUUUGUUGGAGUGCAAUAAUCAGUCCACCUCAAAUAUGCCCAUCAAACCCUGCUGAGCGUCCUACAGACUUGCACAUACACAACACACAAACUCAGAAAGUUCACCAUGAAAUGACAGUGUAAUUCUACAUCAGGUACUCCUUCUGCUUUCAUUCAUUCUCUGUAAUGGGGCUACUAUAGGAUUUCCCUAAAUAUGCAUAUUUAGCUUACACACAGAGCCCAAGACUAAAUCUGAAAGACACAGUAGAGAAAGAAUGAAAAUGGUCAAUGUUUUUUUUAUCAUUGUACCCAUUUUGAAAACAUCCCCAAUUCGUAUUGGUUCUUACAAGAUAAAUAAAUUGAAAUAAAAAGCAUUUCACUUUUUA